AUGUAUUAUUCAUUCUUGACUUUUUUUAAUUUCACGAUUUUGAUUGGUUUGACAACAACGUCGACUUUAUUGAAUCAAUUGAGAAAACAUAAAACGAUUACAUUUCAGUCGAAAUUUAGUUCACCGAAAGAAAUUCAGAUUGUUGAAAAUACAAAAUUUAACUUAACAUGUUUAUUUCUCUCGAAUUUUCCUCAAAUUGAUAUUUUUUGGCUUCACAAUGGAACAUUAAUUCAAUCAUUUCUAUCAAAAACAAAGGAAAAUGAAGACGAAAAUUCUUUUCUUGCCGUUUCAAUUGUUUCAACAAUUUCUAUUGAAAAAGUUCAUUUUGAUAUGAAUGGUUUUUAUCAAUGUAUUGGAGUUCAUCAAGAAAUCUAUGCUCAACAAACAUUUACUGUUAAUUUAAAUCUCAAUGACAAAUCCGAUGUUUAUUCGAUACCAACAAAUUUUAUCAAAGAUUCAUCUUUUAUCAUUCAUUCCGCGCAAGCUUUGUUCGAACCAAGAAAGUCUCUAUCGUUGUUUUGUCGUGUGGGUACUCAGCAAAAACAAUGUCGAAUUCAGUGGUUUAAUCCCAAUGAUGAAUUAAUAAAUACACUCGGUGAAAAUACGGAUUUAGACAUUGCAAAUGCAACAUUUGAAAUCAAUAUGGGCUUGUAUACAUGUGAAAUUUGUUGCACUGAUCAUUGUCAAAAGUUAACAUCGUUUGUUUAUCCAGCUGAAGAAGAUGAACAAAAGUAA